AUGUCAUCAGAGCUUGAAUUAUUGAGACAACGAGUUACCAAACUUGAAACUGAAAAUACCCAACUAAAACGGAUCAUCGAAGAAAUUGCUAAUCUUAGGAUCGAAAAUACAAGACUAAAACAAAUCAUAAAACAAAAUCGGACUACUAAUGAUGCUUCACAAAUACCUAUUUUACCACAUAUUAAUGGUCACUCUGAUGAGAAUGGUAGCACCGACUCUUUAAAUCUAGAGCAGGUACAAAGUGAUAUUUCCCCUGAAAUAAAUUCUAACAAUACUCCUAAACAG